GGGACAAUAUCUGUUUAAAAAUAAACCUCCUGAUGGGACGGCACCACCCAACUCAUUCUAUAGAGCACUUUACCCCAAAAUUAUACAAGACAUAGAGACAAUAGAGUCAAACUGGAGGUGUGGAAGGCACAGUUUACAGAGGAUCCACUGCCGAAGCGAGACAAGCAAAGGAGUUUAUUGUUUACAGUAUGAUGACCAGAAGAUAGUAAGUGGCCUACGAGACAAUACUAUCAAGAUCUGGGAUAAGAAUACAUUGGAAUGCAAGCGAAUUCUCACCGGACACACGGGUUCUGUCCUGUGCCUCCAGUACGAUGAACGGGUGAUCAUUACUGGAUCUUCAGACUCAACAGUCAGGGUGUGGGACGUGAAUGCAGGCGAGAUGCUGAACACACUGAUUCACCACUGCGAAGCAGUACUGCACCUCCGCUUCAAUAACGGCAUGAUGGUGACAUGUUCCAAAGACCGUUCCAUUGCUGUAUGGGACAUGGCUUCACCAACAGACAUCACCCUGAGGAGGGUGCUAGUAGGGCACCGAGCUGCUGUCAACGUAGUGGACUUUGAUGACAAGUACAUUGUAUCAGCAUCAGGUGACAGAACUAUAAAGGUAUGGAACACUAGUACCUGCGAAUUUGUGCGCACCUUAAAUGGCCACAAACGAGGCAUUGCAUGUCUGCAGUACAGAGACAGGCUAGUAGUGAGCGGCUCUUCAGAUAAUACUAUCAGGCUGUGGGAUAUCGAGUGUGGGGCAUGUUUACGAGUACUGGAAGGCCAUGAAGAGUUGGUGAGAUGCAUACGCUUUGAUAACAAGAGGAUAGUCAGUGGGGCAUAUGAUGGGAAAAUUAAAGUAUGGGAUCUUGUGGCUGCUUUGGACCCCCGUGCUCCAGCAGGGACCCUCUGCUUGCGAACCCUUGUGGAGCAUUCUGGAAGAGUCUUUCGGCUUCAGUUUGAUGAGUUCCAGAUCGUCAGCAGCUCACAUGAUGAUACCAUCCUCAUCUGGGAUUUUCUGAAUGACCCAGCCGCCCAAGCAGAAUCCACUCGUUCCCCGUCCAGAACAUACACCUACAUCUCAAGAUAAAUAACACUACACUGUACCUCACACUCGCACAGGACUCAUUUAAGCUGCAGUAUUUAAAUGCCAGGACAAAAGAACUAUCCACGUAACCAAUACUUGCUGAAGAGAGAGGCUCUCAGACUUGUUUCUGGAACAAAGUUGGCAUGCGGUUGAUCUCAGACAGGGUCUACUCAGCGUGGCUGACUGCUAAAGUGCUGCUAUAUCAGAAGAUGUCUUUUAUCUUUCAUGAACAGUUAACAUUUUUAAACCUUCCCA